GUUCUUUUUUGCAGUUUGAUUCUGGAAUGUCGUGAAUAAUUUUGCUUGUAUAGUCAACUUGUAUUUUCUUUCAUCAUGGUUGUCAUUUUACAUGUUUUUGUUGAGUUUUUACAUCUGGAACAAUGUGAAUUGUUGUUAUUGAGGCUGGAGGCUCUUGUGACUGUUUAACCAGAGAGAUUGGAUAUUUUAACGGUUGUGUUAUAGCAACAACUCAAAUAAGAGUUCUUUAUUAAGUUUUUUGGUGAUCUAAGAAAGAUUAAGUGUUUCUUUUGAUGAGGUAACAUUAUAUUGAUGCUUUCGGAGAAUAAAACCUAUACAAGUAGUACAAAAAUAGAGAACAUACACAAAUAUAUGGUUCUCUACAAAUGAUAUUUAGUCGUCUAUACCAAUUGGGAUCUCUCCUCUUUCUUUCCAUUCAAAGGACCAAAUAAGUGCUAGGUCGUCUUCUAAAUUCCCAAAUAUGUGUCACCCCUCAUUGUCUCGAAAAGGUGAUAAAGUAUGAAAAAGUUUCUUCAGAAUGAAGAUGCCAUUAUUCUGUGUGUUGGUUAGUUUUGUUAGCUUCGGUUAUUGUGUCGUCUUUAUUGAGAGCCUCAUUUGACGGGUCGACAGCCAAUUGUAAGGCUAGACCAGAUCCAUAUCUUGUUUAGCAUGAAGAAUCAAGUGGAAGCACUAGUAUGUUUGAUUUUCUAGAUCGAUUAUCAAGAUCUCACCCCCUCGACCAACUUGUUCUUUCUGAAGUUAAGCACUAUCCCAUCUGGACUGAGAUCCAUAUAAUGAAUCAUUUCAGUUAAAUGACUUGCUAGCGACAACAUAUCCCCAACACAAUCUACAUUAUAAAAAACAGUUAGAAAUUUCAAAUGUCUGGCCAAAACUUAAUGGUAAAUUAUGAAGUGUCCGACAUAAAGAAAUAGAACACUAGCGCAAUGACUUGCUAGCUACAAUAUAUUCCCAACACAAUCUACAAUAUAAAGGAUAGUUGUUUACAUACUUCCAAAAGAUUUAGACAAAACUUAGUGGUAAAUUAUGUAAUAUCCCUGGUAAAAAAAGUUGAUCAUGUAGUGCCAACAGAAAUUUGUAAAAGAAAUAGAAGACUCCUUAACGAUCCAAAAGGCUUAUCUUACAUUGUAGAAAUGUUUGAGAAAGAGAAACUCUGCUAUAUACCAUUAAGCUAGCUUUGGGUGCCUUUCUAGCACGUCCCUCCUAUCAAAAGUGAUGGAAAAAUAGAUGAAGUAAUGAAAGUAAAGUAUGUCUAUAAGAAAGGACUACGAAGCAUCCUGCACUCACACGUGGUUCAGAGAAGAAGUGCAUCCCAAGGGGGUGUGAUUUAGGCAGCCUACUUGGAGAAGCAUCAUGGUAGGCUAAUGAUUUUCUGUCGAUCUAAUACAAUUAUACAAAAAUAUAAAAGAGUUCAUGAAGAUUAACCCUAGUAUCGGAGAGGAGCCUAUUGACAUAGAGGAUUUGGUCAACAUCGGAAGAAGCAGUGGACCGUGUCCAUAUUAUGUAUCACGAGAACUUCACAAGACUGUGGACAUAUUAUUUGCGCCUUACAAUUAUCUUAUUGAUCGCGGAUACAGAAAAUCUUUGAAUAUUCAGUGGACAAACAGUAUACUUAUAUUUGAUGAAGCUCAUAACUUGGAAAGCUUGUGUGCUGAUGCAGCCUCAUUUGACCUUUCUUCUGGCCUUCUGACAGCUUGCAUCUCUGAAGCUAAAAAUUGUAUAGACCUUUCGAUAGAAAGGAGGGAGAUGUCAAGUGACAAAUCAUGUAAUCCCGAUAACUUUGCCAUUCUCAGAGCACUUCUGUUGAAGCUUGAGAAAAAAAUUGGUGAAGUACCUAUUGAUUCAAAGGAGUUGGGUUUCACGAAGCCUGGACCAUACAUUUAUGAGUUUCUUGCUGAUCUAAAUAUCACACAGAAAACGGCCAACAUGCUCAUUGAUAUAAUUGAGGAAGCUAGUGUACUUCUUGAAGAAGAUACAAACACUGCUGAAGAUAAAAAAACAAACAAGUCAAAAAGCACAGUCUGCAGAUUGGAAAGCAUGGGUGACAUUCUACAGCAGAUUUUCAGAGAUGAUGGGAACGCUCAUGCUCAAUACUAUCGUGUUCAUGUUCAGGAAGUUCAAGGAAAUGGCAUGGAUUCUUUUAAAGGCAAGGGAUCUAGGACACUGAGCUGGUGGUGUUUCAAUCCAGGUAUUGCAAUGGAGCAGUUCUCCAGAUUAGGUGUUGGAUCUAUCAUUUUGACUUCUGGCACAUUAUCUCCAAUGGAUUCCUUUGCUGAGGAAUUGAAGUUAGAUUUUCCAGUCCGUUUAGAGAACCCUCAUGUUAUAUCAGACAAUCAGAUAUGGGCUGGUGCUGUACCCGUGGGCCCUUCUGGUUAUACAUUCAACUCAUCAUAUAGGACGCGUGAUUCUAUUGAAUACAAGCAAGAGCUUGGGAAUGCCAUUGUCAAUUUUGCUCGCGUUGUACCAGAUGGCCUUCUUGUAUUCUUUCCUUCAUAUUACAUUUUGGAGCAAUGCAUUGGCUGCUGGAAAACUUUGGGACAAUCAAUCUCAAUGGGUUCAAGUACAAUAUGGGAAAGGAUAUGCAAACACAAGCUGCCUGUGGUUGAACCGAGACAAUCUUCCCUUUUCCCAACGGCAAUUGAAGACUAUAUGGCCAAGUUAAAGGACAAAUCAGCAUCUGGGGCUGUAUUUUUUGCCGUCUGUCGCGGAAAAGUGAGUGAGGGGCUGGAUUUUACUGACCAUGCUGGUAGAGCUGUUGUGAUCACUGGCAUCCCCUUUGCCACAAGGACUGAUCCUAAGGUUCGGUUGAAACGCGAAUUCCUGGAUCAACAGAUGGCCUUGCAACCAACUGGAUCUAAGCAGGUCUUAACAGGAGAAGAUUGGUAUACUCAACAAGCAACCAGGGCAGUUAAUCAGGCUGUGGGCCGUGUCAUUCGUCAUAAAGAUGAUUUUGGAGCAAUUAUAUUUUGUGAUGAAAGAUUCACAUACUCCAAUCGUCAGUCACAGAUAUCAUGUUGGAUACAACCCCAUAUCAAGUGUCAUUCCAAAUUUGGGGAAGUAGUCUUCUCAUUGACACGCUUUUUUCGUGAUGGAAGAAUCCAUGGCCCUACAAAGCCAGAAAUGAUGCUACUAGAUGACAAGGAAACAGUAAAGAGCCUAGGGAGCUCUCAGUCUCAACUUCACUUUGAAAAGCUUCUCACCUCUCUGGUCUCAUCAGUGGAUAUUCCUUGCUCAACUAAUCAAUCGUCUUCCUCAGUUAAGCAAGGCAACGGCCCUGGUGGGCUGGAAGACAUACUUCCUGCUAAUAAAUCAUCUCUAAGAUCUGAUAAGAUAGCUAAGCUUCUGGCCGUAAAACAUGCAAGUAAUUUAUUGGUCCCUGGGCGAAAAGACAUGCCAAUUAGCAAUCAGAAAAUAAUUGACUUGACCAAACAUGAAUUGGCUGAUGAACCACCAAAAGAUGUUGUUGCACCUUGUUCUAUGAAGAGGCCUCGGUUAGCAUUGACAGGAUCUGAUUGUCAAAGCGAUCAUUUUCGAAAGCCUCAUGAUAGUCCUGACUGUUCCUCAGUUGCCCAUCACCUGCUGUCUGAAAGUGACUUUAGAUAUUUAUUGAAUAAUAAGAAGUCACAGUAUUCUGAUAACCAAAGUACACGAAACAGUAAUUUAGAUAGAGCAAACCUUCUUGCAGAUGAGAGGACAUCACGAAAAAUCGCAGGAUUAGUUGACCUGCAAAAUGAAGACGGAAUUCUUAGCUCUGCACCUUGCAAUAAUGAGGAGAAAGGAUCAGCUUUUCUUGUUCAGGUCAGGGAAAAGCUUACUGAUACAGAAUACCAUGAAUUCGUUGGGUAUAUGAAGUCACUCAAGUCUAAAGCAAUGAAGAUAGGCCAAGUUCUUCAAUCUAUCACAAGAUUAUUUUCUCUUCCUGAUAGACUACCUCUCCUUCACAGAUUUAAGGAUUAUGUUCCCGCGAAGUACCAUUCCUUGUAUGAUCAGUAUUUAAAAAGAAAUCAGGAAGUAGCUCACUUGUGAUGUGCAAAAUCAUCUUUAUAAAGUUAAUGAGUUUUCCGAUCUAAUGAGGAAAACUCUCAUACUCCCCACUCCUAGGCAGGCACACAGCAUAAAGUUAGCCAGUGAGUAGUGCGUCCUUGUGAUGGAUAAGGCAAGGAACAAGAGUAGAAGAGGACAGAAGCAGAGUAUACAUAUCUUACUAAAUUCGAUAUUCUUGUAAUAUCGCACUUAAAGGGAAAACGCCAAGUGAUUUUUCUCAUACAUUUAACCAUUGGUGGUGUGCUGGUGAAGGUGGUAAGUGCCCAAUGAAAUAGUCAGGAUGCAUGGAAGUUCGACUGAGCACCAUUGUUGUAAAAAGAGGUGUAUAGAAGUUCAAUGUUGAAUGCUCUGUAGUUGGGAAUUCCAAUCACAAACUGGAAUACCCUCUACAGGCACUUGAUUUUUGAACUAUUUAAUCCUUAAGAGUGGAUCAAACUGUGCAUAGCGUGACUGUUACUCCAGUUGUUUGGGUGGAUACCUUUCUUAUGCAUCCAUUUGAAAUACCAUUGGAACAACAUAAUAUUUUAUGUUCUUUACCAUUUGAGGUUUAUAAAGAGAUUUCGAAAAUAUAAAGAACUGUUGUACUUUUCCUGUUAAUUUUUAUUUUCUGUAUAAUAUUAGUGUGAGAGGUAAAUGGAGUAACACAGCUGCUGAGUAUUCAUAUAGUUGAUCUCAACUAGUUGGAGAUUUAAAAUGAGGUGUUGUAGUUGUUAUUUUGUGUUAACAAUUUGUGGUUUGUUGCUGUUCAAGCCAAAGAAAUUUCGUUUCAAUGCUUAUUUGUA